AUGUUCGGACCUCUGGGCUUCUCGCUCGCCCCCAUUGUGCGCAAGUCGCCCACCCUUUUGAGCUGGACUAAGCCCUUCGCAAACUGGUACGUGGACAAGAUGGGCUACAGGAAAGUCGGGUUCAAGUAUGACGACCUCCUUGUUGAGGAACGUGACGAUGUCCAGAGGGCUCUUGGCCGUCUCACACCCGCCGAAGCGUAUGACCGUGCAUUCCGCCUCAAGCGUGCCUCUCAAGCUAGCGUCCAACACAAAGAUCUUCCCAAAGACCAGUGGACUAAGCCUGAAGAGGAUUCGCGCUAUCUCAAGCCUCACGUGGUUGAUGUCGCGCAAGAGAAUGCUGAGCGGGCUACCUGGGACACCAUGGAGGUUUCGAGGAAGCGGUAG